AAUUGAUGGUGGGCAAUCUAGCACUUCUCACUUCUUGCUGAUAAUCUUAUCAACUGUUUGAGCAGCCAGUAGUCCAACCAAUUGAAGCAUGUACAUAGUGGUGAUAAAAGAUAGAACAAUAUCUUGACCACGGCACACCCUGUUAGCAUAAACAGCACGAGUCAAGUCGUGCCGAGAAUUUCAGUCCGUAUUCGUGACAGGGUGCACCUCAAGUUGCAGUGUGAGCGGCGCGGGGAAAUGCGGUGCUUGGGCCGGCAGCAGAGCGAGGAGCGCAAGGCCAGCAAGGAACUGGACAAGAAGAUCCGCCUGUGGAGCCAGCAGUACAACAAGGCCAUCAAGCUGCUGCUCCUAGGACCAGGGGAAUCUGGAAAGACAACUAUACUCAAACAGAUGAAGAUCUUGCAUAUCAAAGGUUUCUCGGACAGUGAGCGACUUGCCAUCGUCUCUCAGAUACGACAAAAUGUGCACGAGUCCAUCUACGAUAUAGUGAGGAACAUGACGCAACUAGACCCACCCAUCGAUCUGGACGACGACCAGAGUGGAAACAGUGCUGUGUACAUACUAGACCUGGGAAAACAGGGUCCACAAAAAUUUGAUACCCAAUACUUCGACCACGUGCAGAUCCUUUGGGGAGACAGCGGAGUGCAGGAGUGCUACAGGCGGUCCAGCGAGUUCCAGCUGAUCAGCAGUGCCAAGUAUUUCCUGGACCGGAUCGACAAAGUGAGGUUACCGGGGUACAAUCCUUCCGACCAGGUGCAGUAUCCAAACAGUUGCUACUUUUAUUAA